AUGACUUCUAAUAAUGAAAUCUUUCCACACGAGUAUCCUGCAUUCGACACUUUAGAUCCAUGGUCUGCGCAGACAGCCACUGAUCAACCCCCGAGUUGGUCAGUAGACUCAGCAUUGGAUCUGGUAGAUUCGACACCAGGUGUAAUUCCAGAUGAUCUCACUGGUAUUAGUACGUACCAUAUAUCGCACGAUUCCUUCGAACCGCAUUUCGGCUCUGGUUGGAUUGUCGAUGAUUUACCUGAGAUACAGCAACUCGCAGACGCAGCUUCAAACCAGGUCUCUUCCUUGAACCAUGCUCAACUAUUGAAGGUCAAGUCCCAGCUUGAAGAUGUUCUGCAAAAGGUGGAUAUACGACUCCAGGAGCCAUUCCCUCCGAUCCAUGAAUUACCACCCACGCCCAUGGCAUCGAGUCGCUCUACAUCUGAUGCCUUAGGAGGAUUUUGCUGUCCUAUAUGUGGGAGAAAUGUGAAGCUCAAGAGAUACCUUGCCUUCGAACGACAUCUUAGAUUAGAGCAUGGUGUUCAAAGGUGGGAAUCUCGUUGCCCUGAGCCCAAUUGCACUGUGACUACACCAGGUCGAGCUCAAAUGAAAAAUCAUCUGCGCAAUGUACAUCAGCAAAGUCCCACCCCGGAUCAGUUCGUGGAUUACAGAGUCGAAUCUGCAUGCCCACCCUUUUGCAAUAUAUGCUCCCAGACAAUUCACAAAUGGGUCGAUCUUUGGGAUCAUGCGAAAAAGCACUACCAUUCUUCAGAUGAAGAUGAAAGCGUAUCCACAACUCACUCCGCAGUGCAAUAUGGACAGAAGCGCAAACGCGAAGAUGAAAAUAAACAUACUUUACCCGAAGAGAAACAUUCCAGGAUGGACACAGCAAAUGCUAUAUUGCUACAUGGUGUCAAUACGGCGCUGGAUCAAUCUUUCGAUCUCAGUGAGACAAAACCACAGGACUCCAUGGUGCACCAACAAAAACAAUUGUCGCUUUCCUUGGGCUCUGGCUCCUCAAAUUAUCACUCAAUUGCAACAAAUAUCACCACUCCCGAGUCCGAGGAAGACUCAAUAGAUGCAGGUCUACCUGAGACAAAGCAUAUGGACCACAUCUUGGACGCGGCUCGUUACUUGAGUGAACUGGACGAGCUAGAAGUUCGAAUCGCACAGAUGAUCGAUAGGAAAAAUGGCCCACACAUCAAACUUGAAUCGCUGGGCGACUGUAUUGAGUGUCUUGAGAAUUGGCAAGCCGCGCUUAGAUGUCUACAGUCUGAAGGAUUUUGUGGAACAUCCAUCAGCAUUCUGAUAGAAGACCAAGACCGGGAUGGCGUUGCCAGUGCCGUCCAUAUAACACUGAGUGAUAUUGGCGCUUUGGUCCAGACAAUUCUGCUCUCGGCCGACGAGGACGCAUCGAAUGGCCUGAUAGAGAACUGGAUGCAAACUUUGCUCAAUGUUGAAAAGAAGGACCUCUCCGAUUUUGAUUCGCUGCAAAUGCUUAGAUUCCUGUGUACAAUUCUAUCAAUUGGAAUUGUUUCAUUCUCUGGGUCACAUGUGUGUCGAUUUGAUAUUAAUUUAUGGGAUCAAGAGAUGGAAGAGAUCCCCAUCGGCUUUGAAGGAUAUGUCUUUAAGCCACGAAAGCUGGCUUGCCUGGACGACUUUAUCGGUGGUCCUGCAUGGAUCCUAGGGAAAGCCCCUGUUUCAUCUGAGGCAUUGAAAAUAUCUCUUACUGUCCAGGAUCUUCAAGAACUAUGGGGACCAGUCUCGCUGGCUCGAGGUACUGCAAAUGCCGCUCCAGUCAUUCAGACCGAACGAGGGUUCAUCAUCCCACUCUUACGAGAGGCACAAUCUUCCUUAUGCUCAGGCUCAUUUUGUGACGAGACUGAAUGCCACUGGAUGGAAGAAAUCCCAGAAUAUCUCCUUGGUGAGAGACCAAAUAGGGCAAUUCUCGUUUCCAGCACAUCGAGGAUAUUAAUCGGCACAAGCACAAGCAGAAGCACUGACGCUGGGGCUGGACUGGUUGUCAAUGAAAAGUGCAAGUCGUCAAUCUCACUUAUUGGGCAACAGAUCGCCUCUCGACUCCAGUAUCCCGGCACAAGCAAAUCAAGAUACGUGAGCGAUGGGUACGAUGUUCAGCUCGUCGGCGGACAAUACGUCACAGCCGGACUCAUGAAGAAGUAUAAGCGGAUACCAAAGCGCACACUCAAAGCAAUGCUCAUCGCGGACUCCACAAAGCCUGACACAAGGCUCGUGCCACUUCUCAAUCUCCGUGUUGGAUUGGAAGUAAGUGCAUGCACCGGAAACGCCCAGCGAGUAACGCUCUGGGAUGCUCUCCGCUUCUCUCAAACAACAACCAACUCCACAGAUCACACAAUGUAUUGCGCCCAUAUUGUCGGGGACAAGAAUUGUAUCAGUUCAUGCUGGAGUCGUUGGCAGUCACUGGACGAGAUAGAUUCCCUUGACCAUAUGCCCGGGCAAAAUAAGCCUCUCACUGGGCUCGAAGCCCGUCGCGUGAUCAUAAACUCGAUUCUCGCACUUGAGCACUCGGGUGUUGACAGCGAAGGAAACCUCCAAGUAUCCUGGCCCUUUAAUAAUAGCCCUCUCAAUUUUCCUGUAUUGCCAUCCACACCGAAAGAGUCGCAUAACUGGUUUCGGGUCGUCAAGGAUACGCGGGACACGUCAAGCUUUGCGGUUUUCAGUCAAAGGUGCCUGGAGUUCCCCGAGAAGGGAAUCAUGCGGUCGUGCUCUGCACCAUGCAAGGAAGGGCAUCCUAAGCCACUACAAACUACUCUCUUGACGCGUAUUCUGACAACUGCAGAACAAGGGUCCAUGUCUGGACUGCUGGUGGGGGUCAAAUUCCUAGUAGGAGAGGCUCAUUUGACGGUCACGAAGGCAGUGCAGGACCAGUUGGCUAUUAUUGCUGCUGUUAGCAUGAAUCCUUUGAGCCCUCUGCGCUAUCGACUCCGCGAGAUCUUGCCAGAUGCCCGAGCCUUUGAUUUCAAAGAGCACAUCUGGCCUGAUAUCACAGGAGGCGUCUCGGUUCCGGUGUUCGUUUGCUGA